CCAGCUAUAAAAGAUCAGGUCUACUGGGCCGAGAGCACCAGUUACAGCUAAUCUAUUGCUCAGUGCAAAUAGCAUCCAAAACCGGAACCACCAAUCCAGAAUCAAUAUGAAGUUCUUCUCAGUCGUCACCGUCUUUGUGCUCGGUCUGCUGGCCCUUGCCAACGCUGUUCCCCUGUCGCCCGAUCCUGGCAAUGUGAUCAUCAACGGCGACUGCAAAUACUGCAAUGUCCGCGGUGGCUAAAGGAGAAUCCAAUCCUAAGGAUAUGCAAAUGGACAAACUUACCUCAAGCCCGAAACAAAAUAUUUAUAAUACCGCUUAAAGCUAAAAUGCAACCUAGAAUUAAUAAAAGUGCCAAGAAAAUAAAUACAACUAAGUAGA